AUGGGCUCCGUACGCGAUCCAGACGUCAUUGUCAAAGACGUCUCGGCAGUACCUUCGGGUGGCACGUCUAAAUCAGACUCACUUGAUUUGAAGACCGAACCCGGCCAUGGCAUGUACGACAGUCCUUCCGACUCUUCUCCAGAACCAGAGGCCAGUGCAGGCGUUGGACCACAGAACGACAAGACAUCGCAGGAUCCAGCGCCUCCGGUAAAGAGAAAGGGUGGACGAAAGCCGAUCUACGCAACAUCAGAGGAACGCAAGCAAAGGAACCGGCAGGCCCAGGCAGCGUUCCGAGAACGACGUACAGAGUACAUCAAGCAACUGGAGACUACGAUCCAACACCAUGAAGAGCAACUUCAGAGCCUACAACAGAGUCAUCGUCAAGCCGCCGACGAAUGCCUCAUGCUUCGCUACAAGACUCGCUAUUAG